AUGGAUGUCAGGGAGAGAAUCGAGUCAAUCGAGAAGGUAGAGCGCAGGCUCGUGGGGUUUCUGGAGAACUAUGGGAGGCUUCUCGAUGCAAUACAAAAGGAGGGGAAGGAUCAAACGUCGAGUGGCGAUGAUGGAAAGGAAUAUGGUGACAGCGAUAUAGACGACGGUGGCGAUAUAGACGACGGUGGCGACAAUUCCGACAAGGCUAAACAGCUCAUAGACAAAUGCUACGAGGAUCUCUCCUUUGUGAGCAUCAAUCUCCGAAGGGAGAUGAAGUUGCAGCAGGCAACCUUGCCAUUGCCUCCGAAUCUACCGAAAAUGGCGCCAGAUGUCAAUACAAAUAAACUAAAGUCUCUCCUGAGAAGGGAGUGA